AAAUCCUGUAUUAACUCUUUCUUUAUUUUAUCUCAAGUACCAUGGGCUUAUGGGGAUAUAAAACCGAUAGCUGAUUCCCCUGACUUACCCUUCACCCCCGUCUUCGCAGUUUUUCCUCUUCUCAAACUUUCAAUUCUCAAUUGCCGGCGCCCACCACUUAUCUUCUCCUUACCUUCAUUUUUUCCAGCCAAGAUGUAUUGAAACAUCAAUUUCUUAAACCAGUCGAAUUUCUGUUUCGAUUUUUGGUAAUUUAGAGUAUUGAUUUCUGAACCAAUGUGGCUAACUCGAACCGCAUCAAAGACUAGCAGUUCUUCCUCCAAAUUCGCCUGCUCUUCCUUCAAAGAUAUCUACACCCUCUGCGCCGCCGACGACCCCACUACCCAGAUCCACUCCUAUUUCAAGAAGCCCAAUAUCUUCCACCGGGUUUUCCGCGCCAACGCCGUCCUCUCCGCCUUCAAGGCCCUCCCCGGGGCCGAGACCAAACCUAAUGCCGUCCCUUCGCCGCUGGGGCAAACAGAGGGUUCAGAGCCGUCGAUAUUCCUACCUGGAACCGAGAGCCAAAUCGUCGUAUACUUCACGAGCCUCCGAGUGGUCCGCCGGACUUUCGAGGACUGCAAGGCCGUCCGGUUGACCUUACGGAGCCUCCGCGUCUCGGUCGACGAGCGAGACGUGUCUAUGGACGGCAGAUUCAUGGAGGAGCUACAGCGCGUCAUGGGCGUCCGCGAAAAGACGAAACUAACCCUGCCGCGAGUUUUCAUCGGCGGAAGAUACGUUGGCGGCGCGAAGGAGAUCCGGCAGCUCCACGAGACCGGGCAGUUGAAGAAGAUGGUGAGAGGCCUAGCGCCGGCGAUUCCAGACGCGUGCCAGGUGUGCGGCGGCCACAGAUUUGUCCUCUGCGACGAGUGCGACGGCAGCCACAAAUGUUACCGUGGAAAAGGCGGAUUCCGGACCUGCACCGCCUGCAACGAGAACGGUCUGAUUAGGUGCCCAUCUUGUUCCUGUACGCCGCCGGCGUCGGUGCCGGGACCGGUGGAAUCCCUCAAAUUAGACUAUUAGCAUUCUUCUCAACCAAGACUCUAAUUAGGUGACUCCUUGAAUUGAAUUAGGUGGUGAAAAUAAUUUACACGUUCCUGUUCCUUUUUUUUUCUUGUAACGGGCAUGUAACUUUAAGAUUUCUGUGUUUUACCCUCUAUUUUAAUCUUUAGAAGCUAAUGCAUUUAAUAAUGGAAAAUGCUGCUCUUUAUUUUUUGAGUAUUA